CCUGUGACAUCACUCCAGCUCUUAUAUACUGGGUGGAAUGGAGCCCAGCACUCCUCAGUUGAUUCGUGAAAAAGCCAACAGGACUCACAGCACAAGAGGCUGGAUCAGAACCUAAGAGAAACUGUCUGUUGGAGUCAUCUUGAUUUCCUGGUCUUGAGCUCUCUCUCUAUCUUAUUUUACUUUGCCCUGUUCACUCUCUCUCCACUCCUUCUAGCUUUGACCAAGAACCUUAUGGACUCGGGCCUAGCUUAAAAGUGCAACAUCUGUGGGAUUGUCAGCAAGAUGUCAGUGCAGUUGACCUUUGUGGUUUUUCUCUUUUUGACCAUUAAUGGACUCUGCUCAGAUGCUGAUCAGGAUAAAGAGGCAAUGGAAGAGGAGAUACUGAGCAGCCUCUUUACUUCAGAGGUACAACAGAGCAGACACAGCUCCCCCCUGUGGCAGAUGCCUGUCCUAAACAUGUGCCGGAUGCUGGCAAGGAUUAGUGAGCCCUGGCAGGAUGACUGGUACGCAAACAAGUUUCAGCCAGCUUAUGACCAGAGGGUCUCCACUGAUAUGAGCCAAACAUCACAGGAACUGAAUGACCUCCUGACCCUCUGCAGAGUUCUCCAGCCCAGAGAGCUUGACCAAGAAUACCUUGAGGUGGACCAGAACAGUGACAGGCCACUGAAACGAAAAUCCCCAUAUAUUCUAAAGAGGCAACUGCAUUCCAAGAAAGCGAGACGGCCAUAUAUUUUGAAACGAAGUUCAUUUUACUGACCCCAUGACCACCAAAAAAACUGACACUUUGCACUCUGUGAAUACGUUGCUAUUUUCACAGUAGUAAUAUCUAAGUGGUACUUGCUGGUUUAUGUGUUCACUUUGGUUUGCUUUAACUUAUUGUCUCACCGGAGUUGCAUCCUGUGUUCUCUUUUAAUAAGGGACUGGCUGUGUAAAUAAAAUGAAUAAGCAUCUACUGUACGUUUCCUUGAAAUAUUAUUAUAUUUGUUCAAUGAUUAUUUAUUUAUAUUUAUGACUA